AUGAAACGGCUAUCAUCAACACGAUCCCCGAAAGAGAGAAAGAACUUUGCAUCUAAUGAAUUAACAAGCCGUUUAGAAUUUAAAGAAACGGAAUUAACAGAAUUAAAUAUAUCUACCUUUGGAACUAGACAUCACACGGAUUUUCUCUACUUUAAAUUGGGUCCUAUGAUUCGCGGAAUAUACAUCGUAUCUCAGAUCAAUUCUGAUCGAGAUCAAUUCUGGAAAUUGGAAUGCAUAGGUAUACAUGAGCAACCUUAUGAUUAUGAUGACGAACGAGCUCUAGAACAAUUCAAAGAGAAUAUUAUCAGAAUUAAUCCUCGUCAACAAGAAUUCGAACAAUAUCAUAGAAUAAUUAAGAAUCAAUUGCGCUCUGAUAUAAUUGAAAAGAUUGAACCUUAUAUGGACCAAGUAUUAUUUCGCUUCCGAAUGCUAAGAAAAGCAAUCAUGGCCGAUAUAGAAAAGGCAUUUUUGCCAAUAGAAUUACAUCUCGAAGACAGGAAUUGCACCAGAUUUCUUUGGUUGAAGGAUAUAAACAAAGGGGUUACUGAAGAAAAUCUACAAUGUUAUCGUUUUAAAAGAGUUCCAUUUGGAGUUAUAUCAUCUCUCUUUUUACUAUCAGCUAUUAAUUAUCAUCUGGAAUCUCGAAAGACCUGGCGCGACCUUAAUUAA